AUGAGCUUUACAUCACUGGGGCUGCCACCAUGGAUGGCUGAGUGUCUUAAGAAUAUUGCUAUAACAAAGCCAUCUGCAAUUCAGGAAGCAUGUAUUCCUCCGAUUCUGGACGGUCGUGAUUGCAUUGGUGGAGCCAAAACAGGUUCCGGUAAGACGAUUGCGUUUGCCGCACCCAUGAUCGCUAAGUGGGCAGAGGACCCAUUUGGUAUUUGUGGUGUUGUUCUUACUCCGACUCGCGAACUGGCAAUCCAAAUUGCUGAUCAGUUUGCAGCGUUAGGCUCUGGCGUUGGUAUUAAAACUUGUGUCGUUAUUGGCGGUGUAGAGAUGACAAAACAGUCGCGCGAUCUCAAGGAAAAACCACACUUUGUCAUUGCAACACCUGGCCGUCUUGCGGACGAAAUUCGAAGUAACGGUGAAGAAAUCCUGCCAGGUCUUCGUCGUGCGAAAUUUCUUGUGCUUGAUGAAGCUGACCGACUGCUGAGUUCGUCUAUGGCCGACGACCUGGCCACAUGCAUUGGCGCGUUGGCGCCUCCAGAAAAACGUCAAACGUUGUUAUUCACGGCUACAGUUACAGAUUCGGUACGUGCUCUUAAAAAUCAGGCUCCUAAGGCUGGUAAAAAGCCAGUGUUUGUUCAUGAGGUUGCUUCCGACGAAGUGGCCAUUCCAGCAACUUUGACACAAUCAUAUCUCUUUAUUCCUUCAUAUGUGCGCGACGCAUAUCUCUACAGCAUUUUGACACACGAGGAUAACACCUCAAAAUCUGCCAUUGUUUUUGUGAAUCGAACAGCAACAGCAGAGCAAGUUCGCCGAACACUGGAAAAAAUGGAAAUCAAGACGGUUUCUUUGCACUCUGAGAUGCCUCAGCGUGAGCGAAUAAACGCUCUGGCAAAGUUUCGCGCAGAGGUUGCGCGCGUGCUUGUUGCCACGGAUGUUGCAUCGCGUGGUUUGGAUAUCCCUGUUGUGGAGAUGGUUAUAAAUUUCGAGAUUCCAGCUGAUCCCGAUGACUACGUGCACCGAGUUGGUCGUACUGCGCGUGCAGGUCGACGUGGUGAGAGUAUUUCCCUGGUUAGUGAACAGGAUGUUACUUUGAUCCAGGGCAUUGAAGAGCGUGUGGGACAAAAGAUGGAGCAAUACGGUAAGAUUGAUGACGAUGAUGUGGUUAACAAUACGCUGCGGCCCGUGUCCAUGGCCAAACGAGAAGCUAUUAUGGAUAUGGAUCGCGAUGGUUUUGGCGAGCUGCGAAAGACUCGCGAAAAGAAGCGCCGACUUAAGGAAGCUGCUAGUGCAGCUGUCAAGAAUGAAAAAAAGAAGCACCGCAAGAAGAAAGGUAGCAGUUAA